UUCCUAUUCCUCGACCAUCCUACCCCUGAGGCCCCUUUCCCCACCCCCUCUCACUCUAUGGUGUUCUGAUAUUGUUUUUAUUUAUUACCAAACAUUAGACGGUAAAUAAAUUAUCAGCUUGUUUUAAUUUUCAAGAUCCAUGAAAAAUAUUCUCUUCACACUAUAACUUGACUUACUUAAAAGGUAGUAGUUGGCUUUGACGUCAUCUUACAAUAAGACUUGCGUCUUAUUUUUGUUUUUUUGUUUUUUGCUUUUACAUAAUGCAAUUAUAUUCUACUUUUCACACCUGAAUUUCCGUAUUUUCCAUCAUAUUUUAAGCUGACUUCACGACUCGGGCUUUUCUAUUCUUGGUAUUAAUAAAAAUAAGUUUUCGUUUAUAACAUAAAAAUGUAUUUUUGGUAUGUUUUGCUUUUCAAGAUUCAAGCUUUCAUCCACUUCAUUUAGUGCGUAACAUAGGUGACUUAAAAGGAUAAAUUAGAUAAAAUGGAGUGGAAUGAAUAUAAUGAUUCGUAUAGCCGAACCCAACCAAUGUAAUUGAUAUAUGACUAAAAGGACUCCACUAAGAUUAGUCUAUGUUCGUGCCGAGAAAUUCCACCUAUCGAAAAAUGAAAAUGAUUAUUCUGAUUAAUCAACUUUAAUUUGAGGAAUACGUAUCACACCAUCACAAAAUGAAAAUGAUUAUUCUGAUUAAUCAACUUUAAUUUGAGGAAUACAUAUCACACCAUCACAAUGGAUGGAUUACUUGGCCUUAAAGACUUGACAAAAAUGCAGUGUAACGACAACUCAAAUUGGAUCAUUCUAUUGGAGGACUAGGAGUCAAAUCAAUGAUAAAAUGUACAAAAUGACAACCACUUUUUCUUUAUAGUUGCUUCAAGUUUUGAAACUUAACUUGUCUUUCCUUUGGCAACUUUGUCAAACUCUCAAUUAUUUUAACUUAUAUAAAUGAAUAUAUAAACAAUUGUUUAGAAUGAAUUACACAAAUUGUAUACAACUAUGAUACCAAACCUUUCCUCUAUAUACAAAUUAUCCCUUUGUCUUUUCUUCUUGUUUUAAACAUCAUAUGAAUCUUCAAAGCCUAUUCAUGGUAAAGAAAUCUGUUUCUGUUCUUGUAGUCGCGAUUCUUUUCUUCACCUUAACAGAUGACACUCUUUCUAUUUACCUCAAUUCUAGUGCUUGCGUUACACAGAAUUGUGGUGAUGGAGUGAACAUAUCAUACCCUUUUUGGAUUCCUGAGAAACAGCCAUCCUACUGUGGCUUACCAGCUUAUAAUGUCACUUGCAACAAACAUAAGCCAUUUGUUCAUAUUUCUGAAGAGGAGUUUAUCAUUAAGGAAGUAUAUUACACAAACUACUCGAUUCUGCUAGCGAAAGCAGACGUGUUUGAUGAAGAAAACAAAUGUCCAGUACCAAGACAUAAUUUUAGCACAAGGGGUACUUCAUUUUCUUUGGGACUUAACACUGCAGAUCUCUUUUUCUUCUAUGACUGCACUCUACCUUAUGAAAGGGAGACAUAUGAUGUCAAUUGUGCCCGUAAUGCCACUCACCAUUCUUUCGCGGUUUUUCAUACUGAGCUUCUGGAGCACUAUAACUAUUCAGUCGAAUCGUGUCAGGAUCCUGUUUAUGCCCUUGUUGAGACUGAUUCCAUAGAUAGAUUGCUAAAAAUGAAUUACACACAAGUAUUACAAAAGGGAUUCUUUCUGCAGUGGGAUGGGAGUAAUUGUAGAGAUUGUCGGAAUAGUGGAGGGCGUUGUGGUGCUCAAAGUAAUGAUUUUUUGUGCAUUUGCAAAGACCAAACCCAACCAAGAACAUGCUUUCAUGGAAGAAGCAGAAUCGGAGUAAAGAUUGGCAUAGGUUUUGGUACGGCUGCAUUUACCGCUUUGAUGGCAGGUGUAAUUUUCCUUAUCCAUCGUCGUAGACAGAACAGAAAAAGUUAUGCUGGUUCGUCAUUGAUCACCAGAAACAUUCUUUCCUAUCCUUCCUCCAUGAAGGAUCCUGAAAAGGCUAAUAUAGCUAUGGGAGUUCACCUCUUUGACUACAAUGAACUGGAGGAAGCCACUAACAAUUUUGAUUCCAAGAAAGAGCUUGGAGAUGGUGGAUAUGGCACAGUAUAUAAAGGUAAACUUCGUGAUGGACGUGUCGUUGCUGUUAAACGUUUGUAUGAAAACAACUGCAAGAGAGUAGAGCAAUUCAUGAAUGAAAUUGAUAUCCUAACACGGUUGCAUCAUCCAAACCUUGUCACUCUUUACGGAUGCACAUCUCGCCAUUCCAGUGAGCUUCUACUUGUUUAUGAAUACAUUCCAAAUGGCACAGUUGCUGAUCAUCUACACGGUGGAGAUUCACGGCGUGGAUCGCCUUCAUGGAAUACACGAAUGAAAAUUGCCAUAGAAACAGCAAACGCACUUGCCUAUCUCCAUGCUUCAGACGUCAUCCACCGUGAUGUAAAAACUAAUAAUAUCCUUCUGGACAAUAAUUUCUGUGUUAAAGUAGCAGAUUUUGGCUUGUCUCGGCUUUUCCCAACGCAUCUUACUCAUGUCUCAACAGCUCCACAGGGUACUCCUGGAUAUGUUGAUCCUGAGUACCACGAGUGCUAUCAGCUCACUGACAAAAGUGAUGUUUAUAGUUUCGGAGUGGUAUUAGUUGAGCUUAUAUCAUCACUGCCUGCUGUUGAUAUCUGUAGGCACCGACAUGAAAUUAAUUUGUCAAAUAUGGCCAUCAACAAGAUUCAGAGCAAUUUAUUACAUGAGUUGGUGGAUUCAAAUAUCGGGUUUGACACUGAUGAUAAUAUAAGGUCAAUGAUAACUGCAAUGGCAGAGUUAGCAUUCCAAUGUCUACAGAACGACGGGGAUAUGAGGCCAUCUAUGCAGGAAGUUGUGGAGGCUCUACUGAGAAUUCAGAGAAUGAAUAAAACUGGGAAAACAGACAAGGGUCAUCCUGAUGACGAUGAUGCAGGCUUGUCGAAGAAUAACACAUCAUUAGUUUCACCUGAUUCGGUUACUGCAAAAUGGAGUAGUAGUUUAACAACACCCAAUGGUAGUACCUAGCAUUUGGUUCUCUAAGGUGGUGCACUCAAACGCCUUCCAUGUUGGUUUCCAAAACCUGAAUUACACACUUUGAUUACCUUGGUUUUCUCUGUUAAAGAGGAUGUACAUAUGUCAGUGCAACACGUUUAAUGAUUCAAUUUGAACUUCUCAAGUCUUCUUUUAUCUUUUCGAUCUUCUCAAGUGAUCUGCUGAUUUAUUUUUGUAGCAGUACAUGUUUAAUUUAGUGCGUAGCAAUGGAAGAAUAGGAUUAGUUUCAAGAGAACAUUAUCCGUAUAGUGUAGUAUGACAACUGACUGAUUUCGAAUGUAACAUAGAAGUUCAGUGCUCUUAAGCAAGAAAGAUUGUACGUGCUCAAUCCUUUA